AUGUGCUCUGCUAAGAGGCCUUUAAAGGUAGCUAGUUGGUCUCGUCCUCCUUCCGGUUUUGUUAACGCGAAUGUUGACGACACUAUGGGUAAGUGGUGGUCGAAGGGUGGCAUUGGUGGGAUGAUUAGAGAUGAGAAAGGAGUGACGUUGGGUUCGUUCUCUGAAGGUAUUGGAUCCGGACCUCUUAUUAUGGCAGAGUUGAUGGUGGCGAAAAAAGGUUUGAAUUUGUUUCUGGAUUUGGGGAUGUCGGCAAAACGAAGGCUUAUUUUGGAAUUCGAUAGUGCGGUGGCAGUGGAUUGGAUAAAAAAUCCAGCUAGUUCCACCCCGAUGUUCCUUUCCUUAGUUAAAGAUAUUACAAAGAUUGUGGUUGAUAAAAGUGUCAUUGUGCUGCAUGUGGUGAGAGCAGUUAAUUGUGAAGCAUAUCAAUUUGCCAAAUUAGGGAUGGUUAAGUGGAGGGGAUUUAAUUUUGUUGUUGUUUAG